UGAGUGACAUCCGGUAAUGCGCUUCGACGCUCAUUUCCGCCCCAAACUUGCGUCUGCGCUGGCGUCAUUUCCGCCAACCUGGAUUAUCUCCGCCCUUCCCGCCUCCCUGCUCGGAGCGUUUUAAACACAGGCCUCGGGCCUACCGCUCUGGGGGCGCUUGGGGGGCGGGGGGACAGGUCUGAUGAGUAACCCCUCCCCCCAGGUCUCAGAGGGAGAAGCCUCCACAUCUGUCCGCCGGCCCAAGAGUUCCAUGGCCUCUGCAUCCCGCCGCCAGCGCCGAGAGCGUCGCUUCCGUCGCUACUUGUCUGCAGGACGGCUGGUCCGGGCCCAGGCCCUCCUCCAGCGACACCCAGGCCUUGAUGUGGAUGCUGGGCAGCCCCCUCCGCUGCACAGGGCCUGUGCCCGCCAUGACGCCCCUGCCUUGUGCCUGCUGCUCCGCCUUGGGGCUGAUCCUGCCCACCAGGACCGCCACGGGGACACUGCGCUGCACGCUGCUGCCCGUCAGGGCCCUGAUGCUUACACAGACUUCUUCCUGCCACUGCUGAGUCGCUGUCCCUCCGCCAUGGGGAUAAAGAACAAGGAUGGGGAGACCCCUGGGCAGAUUCUAGGCUGGGGACCUCCCUGGGAUUCCGCCGGAGAGGAGGAGGAGGAGGAAGCGUCCAAGGAGCAGGAAUGGAGGCAGAAGCUGCAGGGCGAGCUGGAGGACGAGUGGCAGGAGGUCAUCGGGAGAUUCGAAGAUGACGCUUCUCGGGAGACCCAGGAGCCCGAGUCCUUCUCCGCCUGGUCCGAGCGCCUGGCCCGGGAGCAUGCGCAGAAGCGCCAGCAUCAGCAACAGUGGGAAGCAGAAAGGUCUCGCCGAACGCUGAGAGCCGAGAGCUCCAGUCACAGCUGGCGACAGCAAGAGGAGGAGCAGCGGCUCUUCCGAGAGCGAGCCAGGGCCAAGGAGGAAGAACUUCGUGAGAGCCGAGCCAGAAGGGCCCAUGAGACUCGAGGAGACCAAGGGCCAGAGCCAGCCAGGGCUGGGCCAAGGGCCGAGCACCCCAGAGGGGCAGGGAGAGGCAGUCUCUGGCGCUUUGGUGAUGUGCCCUGGCCCUGCCCUGGGGGAGGAGACCCAGAGGCCAUGGCUGCAGCCCUGGUGGCCAGGGGCCCACCCUUGGAGGAGCAGGGGGCUCUGAGGAGAUACUUGAGGGUUCAGCAGAUCCGCUGGCAUCCUGAUCGUUUCUUGCAGCGAUUCCGAAGCCAGAUUGAGACCUGGGAGUUGGGCCGGGUGAUGGGGGCUGUGACAGCCCUUUCUCAGGCCCUGAAUCGCCACGCAGAGGCUCUCAAGUGAUGGCAGGGAAAGAACCAGAAACUGUGGGGAUGUAGCCUUAGGGACAAUCAGAAGGAGGAAGGACAUGGUCAGGGAUGGGGCUGGCCCAGGAAGGGGCACAUGCUGCCCAAGCGGACACUGGGUGGGAGCAAAACUUUUAAUGAAACGAGUGGGGCCCAUGGGCCUCUACCACUACUCUUGACUCUGCUAUUUCCUAAUAAGACCUGGUUCCACAUCUCUCUCA